AUGCCGUCAUUCGAGCUUGGGGAGUCGAUACCCCCUGAUACGGCACAUGCUGUGAGCGUCUCUCUGCCGACAUGGAAAUCCAAUGUAGGAUAUGAAGAGGGCGAGGAUUGGGUGGUUAGCAGGAUGACCACCGGCUACCCUCGGUUCUAUGUUCACAAGACUAUCAUGGGGCUCGCAGAACACAUCGUCGCCCAGCACGGUCAAUCCGGGUUCUCGGGCAUGCUCUUCCCAACUACCCGAUCAGCCAGACGCUGUCAGCAAUUCAUCCAGGCUCGCGUCGAUCCGCAGAUUGCCUCGAGAAUCACCGUUCUCGAUUUCGGUCUAGACCUCGCCAAGAAACCUGCUGCAAUCCUUUGUCAGCUGUCACCUACCAUAUCGGCAGUCCUGUAUCCUACCGAUGCCCAGUCUGCGGCGAAACAGUAUUGGCAGCAUACAGGUACGGCACGACCUUUCAGGGGACCGCGUCGUUACACUCGACCUGGAUCAUUCGACGGCGUCCCAGCCAAGACGAACUCGACGACACAAAGCAUCGAGCCUGAUGCUGGAAAAAACGUCAACGAAGCUCAAGAGAGCUCGCGUUUCCUCGAGGAACGUUUUGGCAGGAACUUGGAUAUGUCACUUGUUGAGCGGGCCAAAUCGGCUAUCCGAAGACGCAUCGUUGGGGCUGUGGCGGGCGAUGUCGACACCGCAGGCAACGAUGUACACGAUAUGGCUGACAACACACGAGGCCUAAAAAACCUGCGGGAAGACGACAUCUACUUGUUCCCGGCCGGAAUGAAUGCCAUCUUCAACGCCCAUCAAGCGCUACUGGCAGCAAGAACGCCAGCCAAGAGUAUCAACUUCGGGUUUCCCUACGUCGAUACCCUGAAGAUUCUACAAAAGUUCGGUCCCGGCUGCGUGUUCUAUGGUCAUGGCUCAGAUGAUGACCUGGAUGAGAUAGAAAAGUCUCUCAGGGCCGGUGAGCGAUUCUUGGCCCUCUUCUGCGAAUUUCCCGGAAAUCCUCUUUUGAAGUGUCCCGACCUUGUUCGAAUCCGAAGGCUUGCAGACGAGUUCGACUUUGCCCUGGUAAUUGACGAAACGAUCGGCACAUUUGCCAAUGUCAAUGUCCUCCCGGUCGCUGACAUCGUUGUGAGUAGUCUCACUAAGAUUUUCUCGGGAGACUCAAACGUCAUGGGCGGUUGCGCCAUUCUAAACCCGGAGGGUCGCUACUACGGUGGUCUGAAGCAAGCCAUGGCUGCAGGCUUUGAGGACACUUACUGGCCGGAGGAUGUCCUGUUCAUGGAGAGAAACAGUCGAGAUUUCUCGAUGCGUAUAGACCGCAUCAACACCAACGCAGAGGCCAUCUGUGAGACAUUGAGAGCUGACCCCACAGUCAAAGAUGUUUUUUAUCCCAAGUACAACCCAUCUAAAUGUCAUUAUGACUCCUUUCGCGUGCCGAAAGGUGGCUAUGGUGGACUUUUGUCUAUCGUCUUCCACCAGAAGACACAAGCCCAAGCUUUCUACGAUGCAAUGGGUAUCGCCAAAGGGCCGAGUCUUGGGACCAAUUUCACGCUGUGCUCUCCAUACGUGCUGCUCGCACACUACCAGGAGCUGCCUUGGGCGGAGGAAUAUGGCGUUGACCCAUAUCUUGUCCGGAUCAGCGUGGGCUUGGAAGACACUGCGGCAUUACAACAAAUAUUCAAUGCCGCACUCCAAGCCGCAAGAGGUUCGUCCUGA